AUAGAUGCAUCUGGCAGUUUGACAUGGAGGGUCAAAGGAGAGGCUCAAGUGGCAGCAAAGAAUGAAUUUAUUACACAAUUGAAGCUGUUGGAAGAUGAGUUGGCAGAGAAUCCCUUCUUUGGAGGUGAAACUUUUGGGUACAUGGAUGUCGUUUUCGUUUCCUUUGCAUCUUGGUUCUAUGCCUAUGAGAAAUCUGCCAAUUUUAGCAUAGAGGAGGAAUGCCCCAGGCUCACGGCUUGGAAGAAGAGGUGCAUGGAAAGAGAGAGUGUCUCAAAGAACAUCCCAGAGCCUGAGAAGAUCUAUGAAUAUUUGUGCUCCAUAAAAAGGAACUGGAACAUGGAAUAG